GUGCACUCUAGUAGUAUAAAUAUCUGCAGACACAGAGGCAUUAGCACAAUAACCAGCGCUCAUCUUCAUCCACACUUUAAGGAAUCAUGGAGGUUUCAGCGUUAAAGAAAAUGAUAGAUGAUUUGAGUCUCUGUGAAGACGUUAUGGUAGAAAACACAGAUCUCAUCAUUGAUGGUAAUGCUCUUUACUAUUUUUUGUAUUAUACAUCUGAUCCAAAGCUGGACCAGCGAUGUGGAGGGGAUUAUCCUGGAUUCAAACAUGAGGUCUGUAAGUUCUUUGAGACUCUGCAGGACUGUAAAGUCAAUCCGUACGUCAUCCUGGAUGGAGGCUCAGGGCCCGAGAAGCAUGAACACAAUGUGUCUCGUCUAAAAUAUAAACUGAUAAAAGCAAAGACAAUAGCAGAGACUGAGCCUUAUGGCACUUUACCAGAGGGAUGUGAUGUGUUACCACCUCUGGUCAAAGAUGUCUUCAUAGAAAUCUUAAAGGAAGAAAAAAUAGAGUUUGAAGUGUGUUUAGGAGAGGCGGACCCUGAGGUUGUUUCUAAGGCAAAUCAGGAAAAAUGUGCUGUGCUGUCCAUUGACAAGGAUUUUUACAUCUUUGAUGUGCGCAAAGGUUUCCUUAAUCUCCACAACUUUGAGUGGAAAAAAGAAGAGGAUGGAAAAAUUCCUGCUAAGCUCUACACACAUUCAAAGUUUUGUGAGCAUUUUAAAUUGGACCCUGCUCUCAUGCCAGUCUUUGCUUCAAUAGCAGGAAAUGAUUAUUCAAACUUAGAAGACAAUCACAUUUUUGCAAAUAGAUCAUCUUCACCUGGUGAGCCCAACAUUAAAAGACUGGAUGGUAUGCUCCGCUUUUUAAGUGAAGUGAAACUGAAUGGCUUGAAUGAUUCACAGAAGAGAGAACGUGCUCUGAGUGAAGCUUUAAAUCAUGUUGGUAAAAAAGAGAAGCAAAAAUUCAAAUUCGCCAUUGAAAGAUAUGUUGAACCAGAAAAAAACAAAAAACAACCAAGUUCUAAGUUACCAGCAUGGGUGUGUGAAAAAGUUAAGCACGGAAAACUCACCAGUUUCGCCACAAGUGUUUUGGAUCAGAAGAUAGUGAUGCUGACCCCACUUGUGGAGGACUUUUCACAGCACAGUAGUUAUCAAGCUGCUUACCGCAUCAGACAGUACUUCUAUGGACUGUUAACGGGAGGUGAGAUUACUGAAUAUGACAGGGAUGGAGAAAAUAUCAAAUACUACCGUGUCCAACCAAUACCAGAGAUACAACGGAAACAACAGAAUCUGCGUAAGGUUGAGGGUUGCAGGGUGUUUGAAGAAGCUCUGGAGGUUCAGACUUCAGUCUUAGAAAACAUCCCCGACCAGCUGAAGCUGCCAGUCUAUGUGACUGUUUUCUGGUUCAAGAGUCUACAACAGCACCACUGCCUCCACGCCCUCCUGCUGUGGUUUGUGUGUGAGCCCGAUGGUCCAGAGGAGUUUGAGAGGAAGAUGAAAGUUUUAAACGAUGAAGGUGUGAGUAACUGGAAGUCAUGUGUGGCUCAUGCUUUCAGCCAAUGGCAGUGCUGCAUGAGGCAGAGCCUCCACCUGAACCAGCUGCUGUGUUCCCCUCUACCAGAACCUCAGUUUGCCCGGCUUUACUGUGGACCUCUCCUUCAUCGGCUGGCAGAUGGAGACACGAUUGAAGAAGUACAGAAAACACUGAGAGGAGAAAAGAAGAAAUUAUAUGACAGACUGAAGACUGUUUGUAAUCCUUCUUCUGGAGAGGGAUCCUCUGUCCUGAGAGUUGAGGUUCCCUCUACUGGGGAGCGUUCCUCUGGUAUGAGUUCCCCCAGUGAGGAGGGAUGGGAGCAAGUUGCAAACAACAAAAACCGAAAAAAUGGAAAAAAGAAGAGAGCUACCAGAGAAAAAGCUGAUAAAUGA